AUGGCCAAUACUCCUCCUCCUCCAGGUGGUCAACGUAUUCUUCAAAAGAGAAGACAAGCUCAAUCUGCUAAAGAUAAGCAAUUGAAGCAAACCCCUACUUCCGCAAGACAAGCUGGUUUUGGCGGUUCUACCAAUUCGAUCUUGAAGAUCUAUACCGAUGAAGCUAAUGGUUUAAGAGUCGAUCCUUUGGUAGUUUUGUUUUUAUCCGUUGGUUUCAUCUUUUCUGUUGUUAUCUUGCAUGUUGCUGCUAAGGUUUCUGGUAACUUAUUCUAA